AUGGCAUCCAGACCCUUGACCGAGUCCGCUACCAGCGCCACCAAGACGGCCAGAGAAACCACCAAGGCCGCCAUGGAGAAUCCAUCGGCCGCAGCAAAUACCUUUCUACACCAGCCUUACGUGCGAGCCGCCCUCCCCUUCAUCAACGGCGGACUGGCUGGCAUGACUGCCACCGUCGUGGUCCAACCCGUCGACAUGAUCAAGGUGCGCCUGCAGCUGGCCGGAGAGGGCCAAAAAACUGGCCCAAAGCCCACGGCAUUAGGGAUCACAAGAAACAUAAUUGCUUCUGGCAAAGUCCUCGAUUUGUACACCGGGCUGAGUGCGGGACUAUUGAGGCAAGCAGUGUACACUACUGCUCGGCUCGGAAUUUUUGAUACGUUCAUGACCAUCGCAAAAUCCCGCGCCGAACAGCAGGGGCGGAAUGUCAGCUUCGGUGAGCGCGCCCUGUCCGGACUAACUGCGGGAGGCCUGGCUGCCAUGGUUGGCAACCCGGCAGAUCUUGCUCUAAUUCGCAUGCAAUCGGACGGACUGAAACCAGCCGAAGCACGUGCCAACUACCGCUCUGUCAUCGAUGCUCUUUCUCGCAUUUCUAGAGCGGAAGGUAUUGGCGCGCUAUGGGCUGGCGCAACUCCCACUGUUGUUCGCGCCAUGGCGCUGAACCUUGGCCAGCUCGCCUUUUUCUCCGAAUCCAAAUCUCAGCUAAAAGCUCACACCGGCUUGUCGCCCCAGACCCAGACGUUUGCAGCUUCCGCUAUUGCUGGUUUCUUCGCUAGUUUCUUGUCGUUGCCUUUUGACUUUGUCAAGACUCGUCUGCAGAAGCAACAGAAGAAUCCUCAAACUGGCGAGCUUCCUUACAAGGGACUCUUGCACUGUGCCCGCAAGGUCGUCCAAGAGGAGGGCUGGCUCAGAUUCUACCGAGGAUUCGGAACAUACUAUGUCCGCAUUGCGCCUCAUGCGAUGGUGACUCUAAUCGUGGCCGAUUACCUGAAUCUCAUCACCAAAUAA